AUGCACCACCAACCACAACAACAAACGACAGCAUCUGUCCAUGCCAACAGCAACAGUACCUCUACAGCACCUCUUCCUCUGCAAGGAUCAUCCUCUCUCACUGACGCCAACAAUUCCUCCAACAAGUUUGCAAUUGUUGAUCUUACAGAUGAGGUCAAGCUCAAGACUCAAUUCAAAGGCGACAAGUUGUUGAAAGUGAAUAAGCAGUUUAGGAGUAAUAGUGAAUUUCAAUCCAACUAUUUCUUUUUCAAAACCAAGAAGCGUAAGGGAGCAAGUACAGCCUCAUCAGAGCCAACUCCCAAUAGCGAUGAUGAAAUAGAGAGCGAAUUGAAUCAUGCUCAACACUUUUACAAUGAAAAGUCCAUCUCUCAAAAUCCUGAAAGCAAUCUCAAGAGAAGGAAUACCAUAUGUAUGGUUCAAACAUCAAUUUCCACGUCUGCAGUUGGUGGCCAACAACAUCAACAACAACAUCAGCAACAACAGCACAACAUCGACAUGAUGAUGAAUCCGACCAAAGCAAACACCUCUCUUCAAGGAGACCAUUCGGUAAGCCCCAAACGUCAAGGACCUCAGCACUUGGCUCGAGCUCAGAGCUUCUCGUUCCCUCAAGAAUACUAUUCAGGACCACGCAACAAAUCAUCACAUCAACACCAUCAAUCCAUGCCAAUUCUUAACAAUCAAGCCUUUAACGUUCAACUGAACGGUAAUGGUAAUACCAUUCAGAGUGGUCACAAUAACAGCAAUUACUACAACCAUGACAAUAUCUACACCCCAACCAAGAUUAUUAGACUCAAGAAAGAUGUUCCUCAAACGCCAAUAAUGAACACGGAGAACGAUAUGAAUUCGCAUCAAUUAUUUCAUUUAACUAGGAAUGACCAACUUGGUUCUUCUACCGGUUCUAACAUUACCAGGGAGGGUGAGCCAAAGCGUAGGCAACCAGCCUAUACCCAACCAUUCUUGGCGACGUUGACGAACUCAAGUGUCAUCACGAAAAUAAACAUCUCCAACCAAAAAAAAUGCCUACAGCAAACAAAACGUUCUGGCAGAAGCUGA